CAUGGUGAUGCACGCAUUGUUCUUUGCGAAGCUUAUCUCAGAGCUCCGGGUCGCGAGUUGCUCAGAUACGCUUUCGUGACACAGAGAGAAGGUAGUUUUGUUGUACAUACAGCGGAUACACACUAACGGCCAGCCAUCACCAAACCGGGAAAUAUCGAGGAUCUAUUUGGAUUUCCUACGUGCAAUAUGACUUUUGAGGAGUUCAGUGGGGAUCACUCUGCAGAAAGGAUGGACUCUGUGGCGAGUGCCCUGGAAGAAGUGCUGUACUCUGCUUUACCACAGGGAUGCAUCACGGUGGGGGUGUAUGAGGCGGCGAAGUCCCUCAACACGGAUCCUGACAACGUGGUCCUGUGUCUGUUGGCCACCGACGAAGAGGAUGCCAAGGACGUCGCCCUGCAGAUCCACUUCACCCUGAUCCAGGCUUUCUGUUGCGAGAACGACAUCAACAUCCUGCGGGUGAACAACAUGAGGCGCCUGGCUGAGAUCCUGGGAGGCCUGAAGCAGGGGGCCGAGCCCAUGGACCUGCACUGCAUCCUCGUCACUAACCCGCAUUCAUCCACCUGGAAGGAUCCAGCCUUGAGCAAGGUGAACGGCUUUUGCAGAGAGAGCCGCUGUCUGGAUCAGUGGGUGCCCGUCAUCAACCUUCCGGAGCGAUGAGGGCGUUGGGAUGGGGGGGCGUAAGACAUGAACUUUUAAAGAAUUGCACUGGAUUUGUGUCGUGCACCGGUGGAUCCCUCAGGAGAAGACUCUUCAUGCUGAUGAAAUUGCAAGGAAAAAAAAACAGCAAACGGGGAAAAAAAGUGUAAAAUGUGCCAGCGAUCUUGACGGGAAAAGGGGGUGGAUUUGAAGCCCAGCUGGAGGAGUGGCAUUCUUAGCCCGGCUUGCAGCGAGGUGACUCAGCAGUUUUGGGACUGCCGGGGGGGGGAAAGAAAAAGGCGUUUGGGCUGUCUUCAGGAAGAGGCGCCGCACCGUACAGGAAACGGGACCAUGCGUGGGCACAACUCGUUUGUUGGGGGGGAAGGGAGUGAACAGAAAGACACAGGAGUGGACUACAAGGAGCUGCACAGCUGGUUACAGACUUCAGGGGAACCAGAUAAAGGGCUGCACAUAUGAAAAUCUUUCUGGAAUUUAUCUUUUCAGCCAUUUGUAUCACUUUUAAUAAAUGCUGUUAUUGUUAAUCUUAUUAUUUAAAAGGGAAGUUCUCAAAAGCAAAUGUUUAGGAGAAACUAUGCCUUUUGGAUUUAUGACAGAAGUGUUUUACAAGCAGAUUGUUUUUGUCUAAGUUAUUUUUUAUGAUAUUAACUUAAUUGUAUUUAUGUUUGUUUUCAUCAUUGUCAACACACCUGUAGAGACUUGGUACAGCUGCAUUUUGUUGAAUAAAAUGUUUUGAACAAAA